AUGAAUUAUUUUGAAUUUUUUUUAGAUAUAGAAGGAGAAGGCGAAGUUGACUCCAUUUCGAAUAUCGAAUCUUGUGGUCUUCGCGCAGCUGAGCUUUCCAAAAGUGGCCUUUUUGGAUCAUUUGUUGACAUCUCAUGUGGCAAUAGACUGGGCCGAAUGAUUUCUGAAACGCCUAUUGAGAUGCCUGAACCAGUCGACAAGUUUCUCUGCUGCACGCUUUAUAGUGCUGUUUUAACAAAAAAUGGAAAUAUAUUUUGGAGACUUAAGAAAACAUCAUCAACCGCUUAUUGUGACUGCUGGGAGAAGUGCGAAUGUAAAGCAUUGGUUACUGGAAAUAAUGCAAAGAGGGAACAAUUGCUUUCUGGGAUGUUACAAUGCCCUGCAUUGAUUGAUGGCCUUAAUUCUAAAGGGAACACAUUUUACUCUUUUUGGCUCGCACUGUUGUUGAUUGAACAAGAAGGCUAUACGAAGCAUAGUAAGCGCCCUGGACCUACCACCACAACUACAGCAUAUGGCGUUCCUAUACCUGAACAUGAUCUUGAACCACCAAAAUUUGCUAGAAAAACACUCGAUUUGGCAAUAGGAAAUUGGGAUGUUGUAAAAGGUUUGCUUGAUGUUGGUAUCAAAAAGCCGAAUGCUCUCAUUAAUUCCAGAAUUGAAGAUGAUCAGCCAAUUUUAGAAAAUGUUUUUCAUUUGCUCGAACAUAAUGGUUCAACACAUUUGGACAAAUUUGUUUUAACUUUACUUGGCUGGUGUGAAGAAUCGAGCCUUGACACUUCUUAA